AUGGUUGGAACUCUAAAAGCUGCCAAACGUAAGAAGAUUUUAUCCUAUGAUGGAGAACUGCUUUUACAAGGGGUACAUGACAACACAGAAAUUCUGCUGCUUCCCCCCCCCCCCCCCCCCCAGCCUUUUUAA